GAACACACAAGUGCUGAGCGACUGUACGUGUUGUGCUCGCCUGCUGCGGACGCUUGUGUUUGUUUGCUGACUGAAGUGUUGUUCUGUCUGCACCGCGCCAAGGGAAAUCGCCACCUAACAAAGCCCCGACUGUGUGCGGUCCAACAACUGGAAAAAGGAGAGGGAGUCAGAAAGUGUGAAGAGGAACAGUUUGGGGCGCCACUGCAGAACUGCCAAUAUGCAAUGCCAAGAGUUCACGCUCUAACGGAUGCCGCUUACCUGUAGUACAUCUUAAAGCCGGCACAACAGAGGACCGGACUAUCUGAUUGCUGACUUCACAAGCUGCAUGGGGGUUCUUGUGUGUUGUGACUGCUUCUUUUACAGGAAAUCCAAAACGAAGUCCAAUGGAAAGAAAGCACCCGCUGAAGAGAAGAAGCACUACAUGGAACCAGAGUACACAAAAGUGCGGGUCGUGGACUUCAACCUGAAAGAUUUGGUGUCGCUUCCCACCAAAGAGAUCGACCUCAACGAAUGGCUCGCCAGCAACACAACAACCUUCUUCAAUCUCAUUAAUCUGCAGUAUAGCACGGUCUCAGAGUUUUGCACUGGGGACACAUGUCAAGCCAUGACGGCCUGCAACACGAUAUACUACUGGUAUGACGAGCGGGGGAAGAAGACGAAGUGCACAGCGCCUCAGUACGUCGACCUCGUCAUGACCUUUGUGCAGAAAUUAGUGACAGACGAAGAAAUCUUUCCCACAAAAUACGGCAAGGACUUCCCCAAUUCGUUCGAAUCUCUGGUUAAGAAGGUCUGCCGGUAUCUGUUUCACGUCUUGGCUCACAUCUACUGGGUUCACUUUAAAGAGACGGUGGCUCUGGAGCUGCAGGGACACUUGAACACACUGUACACACAUUUCAUCGUCUUUGUCAGAGAGUUCAACCUGGUGGAGCCCAAGGAGACCUGCAUCAUGGACGACCUGUCGGAGGUGCUGUGCGCCCCCCUGCCGCCCCAUUCACACAACCACGUGACCGAGAGAUGAGCCUCAAGCUGGAGGACGGCGAAACCCUCCUCGGACGGGCCCCUCCGUCACCGUUUCUCCUGAGAACUGAUCAAAACAUGGGGCUAAGGGCCGGCGGUCUGCAGUUCUCGUACCAGCACAGAUUGAUGUGAAUGUUUCCUACAGGACGAAAACAAUGUCUGCAUUCUCGUUUAUACUCGAACAAUUGAUAUUUUACUUUGCAUUUUUAUUAUCGUUUUUUGCGCAUGCGGUCUCGGAGGUUUUCUUUUAGGGAAUGGUGCUUCAGCUCGGCUCUCACCAGUGCCUUAGAUUUACAGCUAAGGUAUUGUCUGUUUAUACGCAACAAUGUUUAGAAACGUAUCGUUGACCUCUGGCUCCCCCUUGUGGAGGGAGUGAUGUCACGUACCGACUGAUUGAUUAUGAUCUCUGCAGCCUUAUUUCACAGAGGGCAAAAUCUCUCUUUUUUCAUAUUCUAGCCAUCAUUAUCCGUGUGUUGUGUUUUUAAAUGAUUUCCGAUGUACUUAUUAGCCUUUUACAAUGAUGUAUAAAGGGUUUGAUGGUUUGAAUGAUGCUUUAGAGAAAGUCUGGACUUGCUUUGUAGGUUUCCGACAAGGAUAUUAGCGAUAUCUGCUUGUCUGCACGCUCUGAGAGACGCUGCAGACGCGGACUGAUGAUUGCUGCGCGGCAGUUGACUUGCUGUGUUGCAUUGAUGAGCACAUCCUCCUGCGUCAUGACCUUUAUUUUUGAUUUCACUUUUUUUUUUCUUUUUAAGUUGUCAGAGGUCAUGGAUAUUGUGGCAGCCCACGUGUGUAGAAGAUGCACAUUAAGUCUUUGUUUCACGAGAAAUAGAUUGAAACUAUAUCAAUAUAUAUGUAUAAUUAAAAAAUCACAGUAAUUGCCUUUAGCAAGAGAGCGUCUCUCCUUCUUAUUUUAUUUAUUUUGUACUUUUUAUCUAUUUGCAGAGUUCUUCAUUUCUUGCUUUCUUUUUUAUGAUUUAAUUAUCUAAGUUAAAAGCCACUUAAUAUUUUAAGCUCUGCGAAAUAUAAUCAAAUAAAAACAAGAAAUGGCACCCAACUUCGGUGUGUCGUGUUUAUUUUCUUGCUGUCACAGGGAAAGAUGGUCCUCAAUCAUUGUAUCGACAUCCCUUGAAACUCGUUUGUUCAUUCAGACUUGGAAAUUACGUAGCCUACUUAAAAGUGCAUUCAGUAGUUUAGUGAUCAUUUAAAAUGCAUUGCACAUUAAGAAAUAGGCCUACGUUGUGUUUUGUGGAGAGUCUUUUGAAUGGUGUGGAAGCUUGUUUCAGCUUUAGAAAAAAAUAAAAAAGGAAUU